AUGCGUUUUCUGCUCCGAGCUCCACAAACCCAGCUGCGGAGACUGUCGAGCUCGAUGUCAGUGCUAAUGGGUUCGAAGCAAUUCCUCGAAUUUUGCCUUGUUCCUUCUUUUGCCGCAUACCCUUCUUCUUCUCUUUCUCCUUCUUAUACACUUGGUAGACAAAGGCACCUAUCUUCCGUUUCUACUCGAUUUCGCCCAGUUUUUGCCUCGAGACCAGUGUCCAAAAACAGCCCUUAUCAACAUAAGACCAAUGGCUUAUCGUCCUACACUUCAAUCCCCAAAUUCCAAACUCCUGAUGAUCCUGAAGUAGAAGAAGCAGACAAGAGUGAUGUUAAAUCGAAAUUAGCAAACUUGAGGCGUAAAUUGGCGGAAAAUGGAAUUGAUGCUGAAAAUUGCCCCCCGGGACAAUAUUGUGGCUUGAUAUGUCCCAAGUGUGAAGGUGGCGGCUCUGCAGAAAAAAGCUUGUCUCUUUACAUUGCCCCUGAUGGUUCGUCAGCUACAUGGAAUUGCUUUCGGGGGAAGUGUGGUUUAAAAGGUGGAGUACGGGGAGAUAGCAGGUUUACAUCUGCAGUUCCAGUAGAGAAGAUAGAGAAGGUUGAAAGAAAACUCACGGUGGAGAGUUUAGGGCUAGAGCCUCUCUGUGAUGAGAUUCAGCAAUACUUCGCUGCAAGAAUGAUUUCAGCAGAAACACUCGCGAGAAAUCGGGUUAUGCAGAAAAGAAUAGGUGAUGAUGAGAUUGUAAUUGCUUUUACUUACUGGCAAAGAGGGGAGCUUGUGAGUUGCAAGUACCGGUUCCUAUCCAAGAAGUUCUAUCAGGAAAAGAAUACACGGAGGAUCUUUUAUGGGCUUGAUGACAUUGAAAAGGCAUCUGAAAUCAUUAUAGUUGAAGGAGAAAUAGACAAACUUGCGAUGGAAGAAGCUGGUUUUCGAAACUGUGUGUCCGUUCCUGAUGGAGCUCCAGCGACUGUUUCUUCAAAGGAAACACCACCUGAAGAAAAGGACACGAAGUAUAAGUUUCUGUGGAAUUGCAAUGACUACCUAAAGAAGGCAUCUCGUGUUAUUAUUGCUACUGAUGGAGAUGGACCUGGACAAGCUCUGGCUGAAGAAGUUGCGCGACGUCUGGGGAAAGAAAGAUGUUGGCGUGUCAAAUGGCCGAAGAACGGUGAGGAUAAAUAUUUCAAAGAUGCAAAUGAGGUGCUUAUGGCUUUGGGACCUCAGUCACUCAAUGAAGCUGUUCAAAACGCUGAGCCAUACCCUAUACAAGGUUUAUUCGCCUUUAAAGAUUUCUUUGAUGAGAUUGAUGCUUUCUAUCAUCGGACUCAUGGACACGAGUAUGGUGUUUCAACCGGGUGGAACACUUUGGACAACUUCUACAGUGUUGUGCCGGGGGAGCUGACUGUUGUGACAGGUGUUCCUAAUUCCGGGAAGAGUGAAUGGAUUGAUGCGCUGUUAUGCAAUCUCAACCACAGCGUUGGCUGGAAAUUUGCGCUCUGCUCAAUGGAGAAUAGAGUACGAGAUCAUGCCAGGAAACUCUUGGAGAAACAUGUAGAGAAACCCUUCUUUGAUGCAAAUUAUGGCAAAACUGUCCCACGGAUGAGCAUUGAGGAGUUGGAUGAAGGGAAACAGUGGUUAGAUGACAACUUCGCUCUCAUAAGAUGUGAGAUGGAUUCACUUCCAAACAUUAAAUGGGUUCUGGAUCGUGCAAAAGCUGCUGUUCUUCGGUAUGGGAUUCGAGGGCUUGUGAUAGAUCCAUACAACGAGCUUGAUCAUCAACGUACUAUACGCCAGACGGAAACGGAAUAUGUUAGUCAGAUACUAACGAAGAUAAAACGCUUUGCACAACAUCACUCGUGUCAUGUCUGGUUUGUUGCACACCCGAAACAGUUGCAACAAUGGGACGGAGGUCCACCGAAUCUUUAUGAUAUUAGUGGGAGUGCACAUUUCAUUAACAAAUGUGACAAUGGGAUUGUUAUACACAGAAACCGUGAUGAAAACGCUGGACCUCUUGAUCUAGUCCAAAUUUGUGUCAGGAAAGUCCGGAACAAGGUUGCAGGACAAAUUGGUGAUGCCUACUUGCGUUACGACAGGGCAACUGGUGUGUACUCAGAUUGUAACGUAACGCCUCUGACGUCUGAGAGGAGAUCAAGCAAACGGUCAUGA